AUGUUUCGCUGGACAGACGCGAAGUUUGUCUUUAAGCGAAAAUUGCGAUCAGUCCUAACUGAUUUCUUAUGUACCUGCGCUAAGUUUGUGAUUGCGUUUGUGAGCAAAGUCUAUUCAUUACUCAGUAAUUAUCAUAAUUCGGUCUGUCUAUUUCUGAAAAGAGUGACGUUUUCAGAACUUCCCGCUGGAAAACUCUGCGAUGAUGACGAAGUCUAUCACAUGGGCUAUUGUUACUCGUUCAAUGGCAAACCGAUGAAAUGGAAUGAUGCUGCCCGAUACUGCAACGACCAAGAGAAAGUGAUGGCAUUGACCGAAUCCGAUGACGAUCAGACGUUUUACGCUGGUUAUAUCCAGGGCGUUUUGUCUGCAGUACCUCCACAAGGACCACCAGUCACUGGUGUGUGGACGUCUGUACGAUCAGUCCCAAAUGGUUCAGAGCCGGCAUGGGUAUCCUUUCCGGGCUCAUACGUGCUUAAAAAGCAGUUCUGGCAAGUUGGAGAGCCGAAUAUAUAUCCGAAUUACGACGAGGUUUGUGCAUCGCUUCAACAAGAGUCAAUGUUCCGGAAUUGGAUGUCAGAGUCCUGUGAUGCGCUCAACUACGUUGUCUGCAAAAGAAAAGCAGUCGAUAAAGGUAGGCUAUCAUUUGGCACGAAUAUUUCUUAA